CGAUUUAAUGACGUGUUCAAAAUGAAAUGAAUUGAACCACACAACCAUAAGCUCAAAAUCUUUAACACCUAUGUUUAUCUUUCAAAAAAGAGAAAAAAACUAAAAAGAUAAAACCAAAUCAAGAAAGCCGAAACAUCGCAACUUUGUGUGUAGAGGUUUGUCUGAGAAAAGCACACGUACAUAGUAUAAUAAUUCCAUGUUAAGCUCAGUCCACAAACUCUUGGCCGAACCGAAUGUGGAUAUUCAUUCAUUCCCCCAACAAUCACAUGCCAAAUUCCUAACUGAUCAAAUCCCCACCACCACCACAAUCUAAGCUCAACAUGUCCUAAAAUCCCACUAUUUAUCGCACAACCAAAUUAACCGAAUCCCCACCGAUCAAUUAGUGGAUAAGGAUAAAAGCACAAGAGUGUUGUCUUAAAUAUUAUCACUUCUCUGUUCACGUCAACUUGUCAUAUCCACACCCCAACUCCCAACUCUCUGUAUAUAUAUAAACACAAGUUUCCCACUCAGAUAUGUCAUCGUCCUUCAAUACAAAAACCCAUUACACAGCAGAAAGGAUAGCUAUUCUUACCCGAUUUCCAUCAGAUGAGCAUGAGAAAGGUGAACAGAGGAUGGGUCAGAGGCCCCUGCAUCGGCAGAGGUGCUUACGGAACAGUGAGUCUUGGAGUUACCACCUCAAGCGGCGAUGUUUUUGCCGUCAAGUCUGUGGAUUUAGCCUCCGCCUUGCCUUCCCAGAUAGAGGCGUUGGAAAACGAAAUCAGAGUUGUUCAAUCACUCUCCUCUCCUUAUAUUGUCAAGUACCUAGGGGAUGACACCACGAUGGAGGGUUCUUCACCAACGACGUCAUUGAGGAACUUGCACAUGGAGUACCUACCGGCUGGCACCGGCGCUGACCUAGCCGUAACGUCCGUGGAUUUCGACGAGGAAGCCGUUGCUAGUUACACCUGGUGCUUGGUAUCCGCACUCAGAUACCUUCACUCCAGAGGCAUUAUGCAUUGCGACGUCAAGGGUAAAAACUUCCUCUUAGGGCACACACCAGGCACCGCCAAGCUCGCCGAUUUUGGUUCCGCUGUGGAGAUCUCGUCGGCAACCAUCUCUACUCGAGGCAGCCCGCUAUGGAUGGCUCCGGAGGUGAUACGCGGCGAGCAUCAGGGGCCAGAGUCCGACGUCUGGUCGCUAGGUUGCACCGUUAUCGAGAUGGUGACGGGUAAGCCGGCAUGGGGAGCGGAUGCUAACUCAGUUUGUAGAAUCAGCUACUCGGACGAGUUGCCUCCGUUUCCAUCUCAGCUUUCGCACUUAGGGCUUGACUUCUUAGAUAAGUGCUUCAGUAGGGAUUACACGAAGAGAUGGAGCUGUGAGCAGCUGCUGCAGCACCCAUUCCUGUCAAGGAGACCGCAGAAAAGCUCAAUUGCCUUUCCAUCUCCGCGGUGCGUGUUGGAUUGGUUUAAUUCAGAAUUCUGCGAGGAAGAAUGCGAGAAAGACGAAGAUGAGACUCCGAAUUCUGGGGCCAACGAGAGGUUAAGGGGAUUAGUCUCCGGAGCAGGGGCGAAUUGGGAAUCAGAUGGCUGGGUGGUGGUGAGGAGCGGGGCUGAAAACGGAGAAGGGAGCAGCUCGGCAGUUUUCGAUUUGAUUACAGCACAGGCGGGAAUCUUGGGGCGGAGUUGGGAGGGUUCCUCCACACCAUCUGGGGAUAGAAAUACGAAUUGUAAUGUGAUUCCGUCUCGAGAAGGACAAAACUGCAGCCCCCAAUACGACGUCGUAGUUCUCCAAUAUAACGAUCCGCAAAUAUUUUCUUGUGAUAGCAAUGCAACACUUGCAUGUUCAAGAGGAAAUAAGUUUUCAUUUUUAUCUGAUUUGUACAUUAUAUUUCUUGAUUUUAUAAGUUUCACAUUCAUUCUUUUCGGGUGAAUUGUUACGAUUAUAUCAAGUUAAAUCUAUAUAACUAACACCAAUAGAUUAAUACUCA